AUGAUUUCUGAUAAGGAACUUUUUGAAUUGAACAAGGAAGCAGUGUCCAAUAGAUUCAAGGUUAAACCCAGACUAAACUACAACACUGUGGGUGCUGUGAAUGGACCUUUGGUGAUUCUUGAAAAGGUAAAAUUUCCACAAUAUAAUGAAAUUGUCAACUUGACGUUGCCUGAUGGUUCUGUAAGACAAGGUCAAGUUUUAGAAGUUAGAGGAGAUCGCGCAAUUGUGCAAGUGUUUGAAGGUACUUCAGGUAUUGAUAUUAAAAAGACUACUGUAGAGUUUACCGGUGAUAGUUUAAAGAUUCCUGUGUCUGAAGACAUGUUGGGAAGAAUAUUUGAUGGUUCUGGCAGACCAAUUGACAACGGACCAAAAGUAUUUGCGGAAGACUACUUGGAUAUUAAUGGGUCGCCAAUUAACCCUUACUCUCGUAUUUACCCUGAAGAAAUGAUCUCCACCGGAAUUUCGGCUAUUGACACUAUGAAUGCUAUUGCACGUGGCCAAAAGAUUCCAAUAUUCUCUGCAUCAGGUCUGCCACAUAAUGAAAUUGCUGCUCAAAUCUGUAGACAAGCUGGGUUGGUCAGGCCUACUAAGGAUGUUCACGAUGGUCACGAAGAAAACUUUAGUAUUGUUUUUGCUGCGAUGGGUGUUAACUUAGAGACUGCUAGAUUCUUCAAACAGGAUUUUGAGGAGAAUGGCUCUUUGGAGAGAACGUCCUUGUUUUUGAACUUGGCUAAUGAUCCAACAAUUGAGAGGAUUAUCACGCCUAGAUUGGCUUUAACGACUGCAGAGUAUUUGGCGUAUGAAACUGAAAGGCAUGUUCUGACUAUUUUAACUGAUAUGUCUUCCUAUGCGGAUGCUUUGAGAGAAGUUUCUGCCGCUAGGGAAGAAGUUCCUGGUAGACGUGGUUACCCAGGUUACAUGUAUACUGAUUUAUCCACCAUCUAUGAAAGAGCAGGGAGAGUUGAAGGUCGUCAUGGUUCCAUUACCCAAAUUCCAAUUUUGACAAUGCCAAACGAUGAUAUUACCCAUCCAAUUCCUGAUUUGACUGGUUAUAUUACAGAAGGCCAAAUUUUUGUUGAUCGCCAACUUCACAACAAAGGUAUUUAUCCGCCGAUUAAUGUGUUGCCUUCUUUGUCCAGAUUGAUGAAAUCUGCUAUCGGUGAAGGUAUGACCAGGAAGGAUCAUGGCGAUGUGUCUAACCAACUAUAUGCCAAGUACGCCAUUGGUAGAGAUGCAGCCGCAAUGAAGGCUGUGGUCGGUGAAGAAGCUUUGUCUAUGGAAGACAGGCUAUCUUUAGAGUUUUUGGAAAAUUUUGAAAAGACAUUCAUCAAUCAAAGCGCUUACGAAAACAGAUCUAUUUUUGAGUCGUUGGACCAUGCUUGGUCUUUGUUGAGAAUUUAUCCUAAGGAAAUGUUGAAUAGAAUAUCGCCAAAGAUCUUAGAUGAGUUCUAUAAUAGGUCUAGAGUAGAGGAUGAAGAGGAUGAGGAUCAAGGUCAAGAUGAUGAAGCUAGACAGCCGCUGAUUUGA